AUGGAGGACAGUGGCCAUACAGAUAUCAGGCACAGAGAGAGAGGAGCCAAUUUGAGAGAGCGUUUUAGUGCAACCAUAGACUUGGAAGCUGGCACGAUAAGCUGCGAGGAUGUGGAGACGUUGAUGGGUAAUGGAAAAAAUAGCACUCUCGAGAUAGGGUAA